AUGAAAACAGAUCGUAAUACAGAGCGAAUAAAUAUCGAGGUUGCGGCGGAGGAGGUUACGGAGGCUAAGCAGUACCUCAUUGAUCUCGAUCGCCGAAAGAACCAGUAUCGCGAGGCGCAACGGAAAAUAAUUACAAAACGACCCGAGGAGGACUUGUGGAUACUGAGCGGUGGCUCUACGUUUGUGUCGUGCGAGUUGAGCCAUUCUGAUACGCUCAAGUACUUUGAAUGGCGUUUACAGCAGUGCGAUAAUGAGAUCGAGGAGGCACGAGAGGACUUAAAGCUGAAGGUGGCAGCACUGGCGGAGUUGGAGGGAGCUGACAGUGCAUUGGCGCGCCUUUAUGAAGGGUUCGAUCUGAAGGGAGUGUCGUGA